ACCUCAGCAGGUUUGUUUCUCUCGCCAUAAUCCCUCUCCCACGGGCGCCAGCGUAUAAAAGGGAAGGGCGCACUCAGAGUCACACACACUUUGAGUGAGGCUCGUCGUAGGCAUCGCACACACAGACCGCAAUCAUGUCCAGUGGAGAUAAGUCCAAGACUUCUUCCCAGACCGAUGGGAAGGCUGCUCAGAGCAAGAAGUCCGAGAUGGGAAUGAUGGCCUACAAGAUGUACGUGUUCGACCAGGAGAACUUCCAGGGUCGCAUGAUCGAGAUCAGCAACGAGUGCAUGAAUGUGUGUGAGAUGGGUAUGGACCGCGUGCGCUCCCUGCGCGUUGAGUGCGGACCCUUCGUGGGAUUCGAGCAGAUGAACUUCUGCGGUGAGAUGUACAUCCUGGAGAAGGGAGAGUAUCCUCGCUGGGACUCCUGGAGCAACUGCCAGAAGAACGACUACCUGCUGUCCUUCAGGCCCGUCAGAAUGGACCCCGAGAAGCACAAGAUCUGCCUGUACGAGGUCGGAGAGUUCAAGGGCCGCAAGAUGGAGAUCAUGGACGACGACGUUCCCAGCCUGUUCUCCUACGGCUUCACCGACAGAGUGGCCAGCAUCAUUGUCAGCUGUGGAACCUGGGUGGGAUACCAGUUCCCUGGAUACCGCGGUAGCCAGUACCUGCUGGAGAAGGGCGAGUUCAGGCACUUCAACGAGUUCGGCGCCCGCCACCCUCAGUUCCAGUCCGUGAGGCGUAUCCGUGACAUGCAGUGGCACCAACAGGGCUGCUACACCAUGGCCAGCAAGUGAGGCUCAGGGAAGGAGAGAAAGAGAAAGAGCGGAAGUGAGGGAGAGAGGCGGAGGAAGAGGGAGAGGGGGAGAGAUGUCUGAGGCCUCACCUCCUCAAACGGUCUAGGGUCUACCGCGGCGAGGGGAAGGGUGAGGAUCCGGAUCUGUACCAGCUGGACCACCCUCCAUUCCUCUGCGUCUCGCCUGUUCUCUUUCUCCGCUACGGGCUGAGCUUGGCUUUCCCCCCUUUUCUCCCUCUUUUGAGUCCCUCACUUCAGUCCUCUCCACAGUCCUCUGCGAACACCAAAGAGGAAGACGGCACGUCUUGCUGUUUGACACACUUGAUUCUCGGCUCAGGGUAUGAUGCCCACCCCCCUCCCCCCGUCUUCUUGCCCCUGUGCAUCGCACACCCUCUCUGCUGUACAGAAUCCUGGCCAAGUUUUCAAUAAAAAGGAAAAUCUUGA